AUGGCGCCCGCCGCCGGGGGCGGCGGCCGCGAGCUGGCGCCGCUCGCCAAGAUGCGCGUCCUGCGCUUCGCGGCCCUCGCGUCGUGCGCGUCGUCCCUGGGCAAGGGCCCCAUCGGCGUGAAGAUGGUCGACGUCGCCGGCGACGGCGCCGCGCUCGUCGUCGACUCCUACGCCGACGCGGCGGUCCUCGUCGACGUCGUGCGCUGCGCGGUGCUCGGCGUGCGGCUCCUCGACGCGGGCGCGCGCGGCACGGGCGUCAUCGGCUGUUUCCCACCGGAGUGCUUCGUCGCUAAAUGGAUCGAAACACAUAAUUGCUCCCUUAGGGCUCACCCCCGACUCGAGUAUGGACUGGGUCACCCUUCGCUACCAACUUCUCUACCAAGUCUCUCGGUCAGCCGUUCAGUAGUUUUAGGCAUGGCCUUAGAUACGAUCGCAAGCAGUAGUUGGCGCUGCAUUCGAGUCCAGACCUAG